CCAAAGAAGAAAAGAGCCGCAAGAAUAUGUAUUUAGUAGAACAAUCACCUAGGUAAUUUCAGCCAAGAGAGCGAUAGAACUGCAAAACACAGUACAGAUACACCCAACUCUACAAUGAGCGGCGACAACUUCAACAAGAAAUGCUUGGAUUACUUCAUACAAAAGUAUGGAGAGAGAAUUGACGAUUGGUCUCGUGACAAUGAUUGGUCCUUUGAACUUUCGCAUCAUUAUCACUUCCGCGCACCUACACGACCGAAACCAUACGCUCUCCCAGAAGGCUUGGAUUCCAAAACCCUUCCAUACUUAGUGAAUGACCGACCAUUCUACUUCGCUUGCAAAGUUUUGGGCGACGAUCCCAUAUCGACAAAUUCGUUGGUCUUGGGAUGGUAUCUCUGGGAGGCGUUCGGCACACGCCCGACAGAGUUCCUCGAGCUAUAUAUGUCCCUCAAGAGCAAGGCCAUCUCUGACGAAGUUGGCUCGAAUAGGCCCGUUGAAUUCACAUUAUGCACGAUCUUACAGAAAAUAUUUCAACCCGGGUCCAGGCCAACUCUGGAGUGGUUUUAUUUGAAAGUCUCCGAUUUGGCCGGAGGUACCCAACAUCAGAGUUAUCAUAAGGAAUUUCAAACGAUGAAAUCGAAACUUGAAGAUUUGAGGAAUGGCUUGGAAAGACAAGGCUUUGGCUCUACAUGGACAACAAGGAAUAACCCGCCAGGCUCUAACUGGGAAACAUACAACGACAGAUAUAAUCUCCCACUCUUCAAUGGGCUUUGUCAGUACAUAUGGUCCCAACGUGAAGGCCAAGUUCGAAAAUUACUCCAAUCCUUUGAGAAGAUACCUGACCAACGAAGCCCUAUCCAAAACUUCAAGGGAGGUUUCUUGUCUAUCAAUAUUACAGAGAAUGGGGGGAUUAGAAAUACUAACAACCCCCAAUACGAGGAUUGGGGAUUAUACCUUAUGACAUCAAACGAUGCAGAGGCCGAAUCGAAUCAAGGAAACGCUUUGGUAGAGCCUAUACGACGUUCGGCGCCUCGUGGGAUACACCCGGCACUUGAGGAUCUCAUAGAGUGGGAGACUGCUGGUCUACCAUUCGAAAAAUGGGAUCAUGGGUGGGAUGAGGGGUACGGUCAUUUCUUAGGAUCCAAAACAGACGCAACGGCACUUCUUGUAGCUUGGUGGUGCCUUUUCAACCUGUGCAGGGACAAGGAAAACCUCACUCUGUGGACUUCAUUGCAGAAUACUUCUUCCGCACAGCAUGGUAUUUCCAACGCUGUGUAUCGUCUCAGUCGACUGGUCCCCUGUAACGAUGAUUUUCUGUAUAGCGUUUGUCGUUUCAGGGGCUGGGACAAAAUAUUUGUUCACGAAAGUCAAGCCGUCUCAAGUAACCCAAUCGUUAAGGCUUAUCAACAACAUCUAAUCAUCUUCGGCUAUGAACUCAGGCCAGGCGAUGAUCGGGAACAUGCACCCACCCACGAUAACUUCGACGAUAUUACCAACGAGGAAAAGUUUGGGAAAACUCUGCACGAUCACGUUUUGUACGUGCUCAAGAAAGCGCACAAGUCUCAGCAACCUCAUUGUCGUAUCACGGCGCACCCGUUCUUUUUUCGGACCCGAAAGUCAUCGAGAUCCCUAACCGAGCUUCUCAAAAAGAACGAUUGGGAUGAGGUACGUAGGGUCGUAGUUGAAUGGGACCUUUUCACGAAGUCUGAACUAAAAACGAUCAACAAUGGCUGCGUUUUCUUUUUCGGCCGGUUUCGCUGGGUCACCAUUUUCGCCGAAGAGCUUUUAUGUCUCUCAUCUACUACUAAGGGUCGUCUUACGGCGGAGGAAUUCAGUACCACCAGUUACGGAAUUGUAGGAGAGAUAAAGAGUAGCUUCAAGCAGUGGAUAAGGCGCAUCAAAGAUAUGGCAUGGGCUAAUGAUCUCUUCCGGAUAGCGAUUUACACUGAGGUCUUCGGCGUCUUCGAGGAUACAGAGGACAUUGAAACCACUACGAUCGAAACUACAGCCCAGUCGAUUCUGACAAGUCUUUCAUUGGGAGAUACGUAUGUUAGCAUGGCCAAGCAAGGCCCCCAAGUCUUGAGGGAUUACCUUGGCGAACCCCUGUUUCUUAGAGCGGUUACGGAGCACCUCCAGGAAUCAAAAAAAUACGGUAGCCUAAUGGAAUGGCUAAGAAAGAUCAUGGGGGGGAAAUCCCCAAACAAGUUGCUUAAAGGAAAGCUAUCUGAGCUCAUAAUUGCAAUAAAAUUGGAUCGCAUCUUGCGCCUGUCGAGCACUGCAACUGACAAAGUUAGCAUCGGUCAACUGCAUCGCAGAAGUUUCUGGAAAAAACUGCUGGAUGCAAAGCGCUGGAAUUUGAAUUCAAAGGCUUGGAUAUCUGUUCGCGAAGAACAUGUCGAUCUGGACUUGUAUGAGCUACAAGACGCAGGGCCUUCAGAUCCUAUCCCAUCGCACUCCGUCCGAAAUAUAAAAGAGUGGCUUGCCGAACAAAAACGAUCAACGUUCCUAUUUCCUGAUAAAGGCGACGGAACGAACUUGCUUUUUUUCUUGCGACGAAAGUCGGGUAGUAGCAAUGACCGCCCAUCAUGGCCAGAGAUACUCUGUUCGAUACGGCACAUGCCUAGCACACACCCUAAAGAUGAGGAUGUCUCUAAGAUUCCUAAGAUGUUCAACGCCGAGGGAUUGGGGAGUGGCCAACGAGGCUGGCCCGUGAUCCAUAUUUUUGUUGCCAACAAGGUUAGCAUUUGGGAAAACGCAUGUGACCAAGCGCUGAAAGCAAUGCGACCGACCGCCCCGCAGAUUUCUAAGACGCUCCAAAUCGAGAAGUUACCUCUGAUAAUCGAACGUGUGAACGGCCGAGUCCAGAUAGAUGAAAUCUCACUCAACAGGACAUUGGAUGCACUGAGAACUGAGGCUAAGGCCCUAGAAACAAGUCUACAAGCCGGCGUUAUCCCACCUAAUCUUCCGCUGAUAGACUCCGAAGAGAACAGAAAAAAACUAGGGAGUUUCGUUAGGCCGCCCCCUCAACCCCAGGGUGACGAGGGAAGAUUAAAGUAUGACGACUUUGUUUGCUACGUCGACUCGAACAAAAUAUGGGGAGAAUCCUUUCAUGAUCUUAUGGAGCUCAUGGCGAGAACACCUUCACAAUAAUCUAGCCUAAGACCUACACUUUCGGGUUCUUUUAGAUAACGGGCUUUUCGGUAUUAGGGUAUACCUAGCUAGUACAUUCAUUUGAUAUCUCAAUGCAGAAUUUAGAC